AUGAAUGUAACGGACGGGUCACUCGAACUCGAUAAUUACCCUUUAAGAACAUUCUUCGAACGAGGACGUAGAAGGAUGCCGUUUCAAGGUCCUCGUAGGAACAAAAGGGAUCCGAUACAGGACCCUUUGAUACGUAGGAAGCCUGAUAGCCGAGAAGGUGAUAUCGACCCAAUGAGGUGGAUCCUGGUAGCUGUUUGCCUGAGCCUUGCUACAGUCAUAGCAUCAACUUCGGCACGAUCGUCGGGCAACUACGCCAGGGAGGACAGAGGACGAAGCACGAGGGGCUUCAAAAACGGGCCGCUCAACACAGCGAGAGGCUUCGGAAAACGAUCCCUGCAAGAAGACCUGAUUCCGGCGGACUGGAUGGCCGAUGAGAUCACAUCGAAUCCAGAUCUCGCCAGGCUCCUCGUUCGCAGAUUCAUGGACGUCGACCAGGAUGGGUUCGUGUCGCCCUUGGAGUUCUUGCGGCCCCCUUUGAAGCAGAGCUGCCAGCCAGAGCAGGACGAUUCGGAUUGAUGGAUAAACCUCAAAGCAGAUGCCCUCCCCUUAAAACUGCAAACUUCAUUUUAACCCCACUCCCAACCCUUAAAAUAAAUAUAAAAUUUAUUUAUUUCCACGAUAGUUUUAAAAAAUUGUUCUCUUCUAUUUCUUCUCAGACACUCCGUAGAAUAAUUUGCAUAUUUUUGUUUUAGAAUCAGAUUUUUUUGUAAAUAAAUUACCCAUGGCCUGUUUCCUUACUGGAUUCUCCGGAAAGAUUUUCGAAAUAAAAAUCAACGGAUUAACCUCAACACCAAAGAGAUAAAGAGUUAAAUUAAUGUAAAUAAAUUGUAUUUUUCUUGAGAAAAAGAAAAUAAAAUUUGAAUUUUAAGAAUAUACUAAAAUAAUAUAUGUAUAGAUCCCUUAUUUAGUCGUUGUUAACAGAUUAUCUUUCUUUUUUGAUGUCUGAUGAAGAAUUUUGUUGUUUUAUUGUUUCAUGUUUUAUCUUUUUCGGAAAUUUUGAAUAUGUUUGGUGUAUGAAUAUUAUGAAAACUACAAAAAUUAAAAUAAAGCAUGCACA